AUGAAAGUACAGAAACGUCUCCCUCUUUUACUGGGCUGUUGGACUCUUUUUUACCUGGAAUUUAUCCCCGCGGCAUUGAGCCACGCAGGGACCGCACACGGCGCAUCUGAACACAUACAGGAAGAUAACACGGGCGUUGGACAGGAGAGAUCACAGCCCAGGAGCGCGGGUACAGUUAAACUCAUGGUGGGGGAUUACAGCACCGCGCUGCGCAAGCCCACGAACGGAGCGCGGAUCACGCGCAUAAGGACGGGACCCCCGCUGAUUAAAGGCGAGUCCACCAAAACCAAAACUUUGACAUCAGUGACAGCGCGGAGCAGCGCACCAUCAAGUCAAGUUCGAGGCGCGAUAAAUUUAGGAAGAAAGGAGGCAGCGCGCUCUUGGGUACCUGGAAACACUGCUAGAACAAACGCGCCUACAGCACCCAGGGCGUUAGCCGCACAUGCAGGCAAAGCCCCGGUUGCACGAGGGAAAGUAAAGGCUGUCAAAACAUCUGCGGCGCCGGCCAGGACCGGACAGCAGAAAUCUGCUGUUUUGCAAAAGCAUGUCUCUCCGCUGGCGCAACGGAGUUCGAAAGCCGCGGAGAAGCCCGGUGAUAGAGGCUCUCCAAAGCACCCGCUGGUGACCCCACAUGACUACAUGUUGUCACUGUAUUGGUCUCUGUCCACGGGAGAAGUCAACAGCAGCGUGUUGCACGAAGCUGGUUUGGCCAAUACUAUCACCAGUUUCGUGGACAAAGGACAAGACGAGUGGCUGCCGCAGCUCCGCAGGCAGAGGUACCAGUUCAACAUCAGCUCCCUGGAGAAGGAGGGCCUUCUGGGAGCGGAGCUGCGCAUCCUCCGCAAGAGACAGCCAGACCCCCGGAGGGCCCGCUCCGCAGGGCCCGCCCUCAGCCUCCGGCUCCUCACCUGCCCCGCAGGUAAGCAGAAGGCCAUGCUGCUCCAGUCCCGUCCUGUGGAAGACCACGACGCGCCCAAGUGGGAAGUGUUCGACAUCUGGAAGCUCUUCAAGAAUUUCAAGAACACGGUGCAGCUGUGCUUCCAGCUGGAGGUGGCGGAGGCCGGCGGGCGGGCAGCGGACAUGCGGGCCCUGGGCUUCGCCCGCCAGGGCCGCCAGACCAAGGAGAAGGCCUUCUUCCUGGCCUUCGGCCGCACCAAGAAGCGGGACCUCUUCUACAACGAGAUUAAGGCCCGGUCGGGCCACGACAACAAGACGGUGUACGAGUACCUGUUCACCCAGCGGCGGAUGCGCCGGGCCCCCCUGCCGCGGGGGAAGAAGCCGGCCAAGAGCCCCAAGCCGCGCUGCAACCGGAGACAGCUCCACGUCAACUUCAAGGAGAUGGGCUGGGAUGACUGGAUCAUCGCGCCCCUGGAGUACGAGGCUCACCACUGCGACGGGGCGUGCGACUUCCCCAUCCGCUCGCACCUGGAGCCCACCAACCACGCCAUCAUCCAGACCCUCAUGAACUCCAUGGACCCGGACUCCACCCCGCCGACCUGCUGCGUGCCCACCCGCCUCAGCCCCAUCAGCAUCCUCUACAUCGACUCGGCCAACAACGUGGUCUACAAGCAGUACGAGGACAUGGUGGUGGAGUCCUGCGGGUGCAGGUAGCGACUCCGCGGCCGCCAACGGAAAAACCCCCGCCGUCAGCGCCCCGUCCCGAAUCUCUCAGAGACUCACCCUGCUGAAAAGAAACAGCUCAAGCUAGGUCUUGAAACAGCUGGUAGCUGGUUGACCGGUUCAGACCAGCUCCACACUCAACGUGGUUCAACCAGCUCAAGAUAUGUUUUGAAACAGCUGGUAGCUGGUUGACCAGUUCAGACCAGCUCCAUACUCAACAUGGUUCAACCAGCUCAAGAUGUUUUGAAACAGCUGGUAGCUGGUUGACCAGUUCAGACCAGCUCCAUACUCAACAUGGUUCAACCAGCUCAAGAUGUUUUGAAACAGCUGGUAGCUGGUUGACCAGUUCAGACCAGCUCCAUACUCAACAUGGUUCGACCAGCUCAAGAUAUGUUUUGAAACAGCUGGUAGCUGGUAGAUCGGUUCAGACUAGCUCCAUACUCAACAUGGUCUGACCAGCUCAAGCUAGGUUUUGAAACUUGGUCAUUUCAAGCUGGUCAUAGCUGGAUUUUACACCAGGCAGAGACUCGGACUUGCCUUAUCAGACUGCAGAAAGGGUGCAGGACCUUGCCCCGUGGGUGGCCCUUAUUUGAAGUCAAGUCUGCCGAUUAGUGAGAAAAGAUUCAGUUGAUUCAUAUCAGUAGAUUUAUAUAAGGUCUAUUGAUUCAUAUCAGUUGAUUGUUUCUGUCUCAUAGACUUGGUUUACUGGUAGCACUGGCAAGCUGAACAAUGCAGCGUGGUAGCUUUGCUUUCUGGUGCAAAACUCCACACACAGCAGUCGGUGGCGGGUUGAGAAUAAGGACCAUGUUCAGACCCAGAUGCUGCUGAAUGACAUUGAGUUCCCACAUGCUCCCUUCCUGCUCCUGCCCCCCACAAAAUGGACGCUGUGUGAUCUCAGGUAUGUCUCCAAUGGGAUGAUGUAAGCAGCAGAAAGGGAAAGAUCCGUACCGUUUGCAUCAGCGGCCGCCAUUGACUUUAAUCCCCAAACUCCAUACGACCCUGCCAAUUACUGGUUAACUGAAUGUAAACAAGAGCCACGUUAUAUUCCUACGUGGAAACCAGUA